AUGAAUCAGUACCAAGAGCUGACUAGUAUCCGUUUUCCACGUACGAGAGAAGAUCAAAGACCUGUUGCGCGUAAGUCGCUCGAUGAGUUUGAUAUUACUAUACAACGUUAUCCGUAUCUUCCGACUAUUGUAGGUAGUCAGACAAAUGAAUUUUUACUAUGUUUAUUUUAUAACGAUAUUAAACAAGCUAAAGAAUUACUUUUUCACAUGAAGGAUUCUGUUGUUGAAUGUCUGAUUGCGUCAAACGUGUUUAAUACAGCUUCACAAAUAAAUGGUUCAAGAAAUUAUGAAAAGCGCAAGGAAUACGAAGACCAAGCUGAAAAAUUUUCAAGAUAUGCUGCAGAAUUAAUUGAUGAACUGGCACUUGAUUCACAAAAAAAGAAUUUUAUGGAAAGUCCAGCCAACGCUUUUUGGAAAUUAACACCACGGCACCUAAUAAAGAGGAAUAAUUGUAAAAGUAUUUUUUCGUCUCGUGUUGUCCAUGAGGCAUGCAGCGAAUUAUGGUUCCAUGAUUUUGAGAAAGAUGACGAGUAUAUUCAUAGUAGAUUAAUUUUAACAACGGUAUUAUUUCCACUGGCACCACUUUUAAUACUUUUAAAUCUUAUACCAUUCAGAAAAGAAUUAAAGUGGAGUGGAAAAAUAAAAAGUUUUUAUCAAGCACCAAUUGUUGUAUUUUAUAAUAAUUACUUAUUUUCUAUUUGGUGUCUGAUGAUAUUUGGUUAUGUUUUACUGGCUGGCUAUUAUCCACUUAAUAUUUACGGUGAACGUCGUGGUACAUCAACAAAUUUGAAAAUAACUCGAUCAGAAAUUCUUUUACAUUUCUGGAUGUGGGGUAUAAUAUUUGAAGAAAUAUUAGAAUGUGCUCAAGCUCGACUGCUUCAUGGCAGUUUCAAAGAUUAUUUUCGACAAAAAUGGAAUGUUCUAGAUUGUGUUGCAAUUUUAUGCUAUCUUAUUGGAUUUUUCACACGUUUCAAAGUGUCGGAACCCGUGUUUAUGACAUCAAAAAUAUUUGUGGCAAUUGAUUUAAUAUUCUGGUGUUUGAGAAUAUUACAUUUAUUUUCCGCUUAUCAAAAUCUUGGAUGGAAUUUAAUAUUGAUAUUUAGAAUGAUGAAAGACUUAGUAUUUUUCUUCUCUGUUAUCAUCAUUAUCCUAUUUGGAUUUUCCAUCAGCGUCACGGCAUUACAAAGCACGAAUAAAGAAGUAACAUGGUCUUAUGAUGCAGUUGGACGACUAAUAAAUGCAACAGUAGUCAAUGAUGGAGCAGGAUCGUAUGGUUAUGAACUAUAUGAUUGGGUAUUAAUUAAACAAUUAUUCGACUGGGGUAUUACAAAAGCGUUUGGAAAUGCCGAUAUUCCAGAGAGAGCCGAUAAUGGUUAUUUUAUUGUUAGCUGGAUACUAACUGUUAUCUUUGUGUUUAUAUCGGUUAUUCUCCUAUGGAAUGCAUUAAUUGCGUUAUUUAGUGUAACAAUCGAUGAUGUUAGACAACAAUCAAAGUUGUUAUGGCGUUAUCAUCGUUUUAUGCUAAUUAGUGAAUAUUGCGAUAAGUCAGAAUUACCAGAUGCUUUGAAACGAUCACUUGUACCACCUCCACUCAACAUUGCAUGGUAUCUGGUACUUAUUAUAUACCGAUGUUUUGUAGCAUCGGAUAAUUGUCAAAGAAAUCAACCACGACACCCACAAGAUGGACAAACUGGAAAUCAAGAUGAUGAAAAAAUGACAACAAAAAUACGAGACUAUUGGAUACGAGUUGAAGAGUUUGAAGCACGACAAGCUUUUUUCCGUCUAUAUUUGCCGCAGUUUCGUGAUACUCCUCAAACAGAUCAAAUGAUUCAAAUAACUGCUCUUGCAGCAAUUCAAUUUGAACGGCAAAUGAUAACACUCUCCACUUCUCGUUCGACUUUUGUUGAUUAUUCGAGGCGCUAUACUCCUAAUUCAGAGGAAAGGCUAUCUUCAUGCUCUACUUUUGCUUCAAAAUAGAACAAAUGCUUGAGAUUUGUCAAAAAGCCUGUGAGCCAGACGGUUGCGUUUUAAAAACGACCGACUGUUACAAGUCUCACGUAUCGAAUAAUACACCUCAUAAAAAUUUGUUUGAAGCAUUGACGUAUAUCAUCAAGUAACAGCUAGAGAAGAUGCGCUUCAAUUUAUUAUUGAAUAACAGAUCGAAAAUGAGCAUUUCGCUAGCCCUAUUCAUUUGAUUAAAGAAGAUUAUAGUUUAUUUAUUAUUAAUCUUGAUUUAUAGAUGAAUUAGACGUCAUUUAUAAAAAGUCAUUGUAAAUCAGAGAACUUAAAUGUAUUGUUAGCACCGUGAUAUGCCUUGUGAUAUACCUUGUGGAAACUUUUCGGUACAUACUCCAUUUAUGUAGCUAGAUAUUCCAGUAUUACUUUACAGUAAGCUCGUAAACAUUUGUGCACAGACAUAUUUAACUACAGUUAUGACAUAACGUUUGCCUUGUGCUACCUCAUUAUGUUCUCAAGCAUGAUGAAGAAUAGAAAAUUAACAAUUCAUGUGUUAAUUAACAAAAUGAUUGUAACAUUUGAAAUGCAAAUAAAAUAAUCCAACUAAAGAGGAAACAAGUAGCUCCUUAUGAAAUUUGUUGGUAGAGCAGUUGGAAAUAAGUAUUUGUAAAUCGAAUAUAGAACUGCUAUGAAUAACAUGACUUUCAAUCUUGAAAAUACUUUAUUCGAGCUUUCGCCAGCUUUCAGUUGGCA